UCUAAACACAAACAAUAUUCAUUCCUUCUACUACUAAUUCAAAAACAUGGCUCUUUUUUCUUUUUCCAAAUUGUCACUUCUUGUUUUAUUAUCAAUUUCCCUCCUGGCCUGCACCUCAUUGGCUCGCGAUCAUUCUAUCGUGGGAUACUCCUCUGAUGAAUUGACUUGCAUCGAUAAGCUCAUAAAUCUCUUCGAUAAAUGGAUGGAUAAACAUGGAAAGAUUUAUAAGAGCAUUGAAGAAAAAUUGCAUAGGUUUGAGAUUUUCAAGGAAAAUUUGAAGCAUAUUGAUGAAAGGAAUAAAAUUGUUACCAACUAUUGGCUUGGUCUAAAUGAGUUUUCUGAUUUAAGUCAUGAUGAGUUCAAGAAGAUGUAUUUGGGACUCAAAGUUGAUCAAGAUUUGCUUAACAAAAAAGAACAAUUAUCUCAAGAAGAAUUUGCCUAUAGAGAUUUUGUGGAUUUGCCUAAGUCUGUUGAUUGGAGGAAAAAAGGUGCUGUCACCCCUGUCAAGAACCAGGGUCAAUGUGGUAGUUGUUGGGCGUUUUCAACUGUGGCAGCAGUAGAAGGAAUAAACCAAAUAAAGACAGGGAAUUUGACAUCCUUGUCUGAACAAGAGUUGAUAGACUGUGACACAACUUACAACAAUGGUUGCAAUGGUGGCCUAAUGGAUUAUGCAUUUCAAUUCAUUGUCUCAAAUGGUGGUCUUCACAAAGAGGAUGAUUAUCCUUACCUUAUGGAAGAAGGCACUUGUGAUGAAAAAAGAGAUGAGUCAGAGGUUGUCACUAUUGAUGGUUACCAUGAUGUGCCAGCCAAUGAUGAACAAAGUCUAUUGAAAGCACUUGCAAACCAACCUUUGAGUGUGGCCAUUGAGGCUUCUACAAGAGAUUUCCAAUUCUACAGUGGGGGUGUGUUUGAUGGGCAUUGUGGAACAGAUCUGGAUCAUGGAGUGUCAGUAGUUGGAUAUGGAUCCACAAAAGGAGCAGAUUACAUUAUUGUCAAGAAUUCUUGGGGGCCCAAAUGGGGAGAAAAGGGCUUCAUUAGGAUGAAGAGAAAUACAGGCAAGCCAGAAGGCCUUUGUGGUAUUAACAAAAUGGUAUCUUUCCCACUUAAAAAGAAGUGAAACAUCAAAGUGGCUAUAUCUAAAUGUAUUUUUCUGAAUCAAUGUUUUAUUUCUGAUUCAACAACCAUUAUGUUAAUCUUUUAUUAACAGGUUUUAAUGUACUGCAACUGCACUCUACGUACGAUGUAAUAAAUUUCAUAAUGAAUUACUUUCUUUUUCAUUAGAACAAGAA